AUGGGCAACGCAUUCAUCGGGACGACUCUCGCACUGCCCUCUUUCAAGCACCGCUUCGGCCUCGAUACCGUCUCUAAAAGCGAACUGACCAACCUCUCUUCGAACAUUGUGUCCACUUUCCAGGCUGGCGCAUUCUUUGGCGCCAUCCUCGGGUUUUUCCUCGCCGAACGAUGGGGCCGCAAGAUCACCAUUAUGGGUGGAGGUGCUCUCUUUAUGGUAGGUGCUGGAUUGAUGCUCCACGGCACUCUGGGGCUUCUCUACGCCGGACGUGCGCUAACGGGGCUUGCGAUCGGCGCAACGUCAACCAUGAUCCCAAUCUACAUUGCAGAAUGUAGCCCAGCGCUGAUUCGAGGACGCCUUGUCGGCAUCUUCGAAAUCAUGCUGCAAGUUGCGCUCGUCUUCGGGUUCUGGGUCAACUACGGCGUCGAGAAGAACAUCUCCGGCACGCUCGACAAACAAUGGCACAUCCCCGUCGCAGCGCAAUUCAUACCCGCUGGCUUCCUCCUCAUCAGCAUGCCCUUCAUCAUAGAAUCCCCGCGCUGGCUCGUCAGCAAGAACCGCCUUUCCCAGGCCACAAAAGCCCUCUGCUGGGUCCGCAACCUCCCCGCCGACCACGCCUACAUCAAGUCCGAAAUGGAAGAAAUCCAAGCCUCCAUCACGCACGAACUCGAAGUCAGCGGCGGCCGCCGCACCACCAUCCAGAUCUUCCGCGAGAUCGGCGCCCCGGGCAUUCGCAACCGCGUCCUCAUCAGCGUCCUGCUCAUGCUGCUGCAGAACUUGACCGGCAUCAAUGCCAUUAAUUACUACUCCCCGACCAUCCUCAAAGCCAUCGGCUACACGGGUACAUCCGUGGGCCUCCUCGCAACCGGGAUAUACGGCCUAGUCAAGAUGUUCACAACACUCAUCUUCAUGCUUUUCUUCGUCGACCGCUUCGGGCGCCGCCCCGCGCUGCUUGUCGGCGCCGUAGGCGCCAUGGUCGCUAUGUUCUACCUCGCAGGCUACUCCGCGAUGAGCGGCAGCUUCGAGGGCAAGACGCCGGCCAGAGACUCCGGGAGCCAGGCUGCCCUGGCCAUGAUAUACAUCUACGCCAUCUUCUACGGGUUCUCGUGGAACGGCAUACCUUGGAUUUUCGCAAGCGAGGUCUUGCCUAAUAGGGUGCGCACGCUGGGCAUGGUCAGUCCAAACUUGCUUGACUUCGAUGAAAUAGCCCUCCAGCUAAUGAAGAGCAGAUGUGCGCCGUCUGCAUGCAGUGGCUCGCGCAGUUCCUCGUCGUGUACUCGCUGCCGCACAUGA